AUGUCCCCCUCCUCCUCUUCCAACCGCCCGGGGGCCGAUCCCCUCGUCGCAUCCACGCAAUCAUGCGCUCCCUCUUCCAGUCUCCCUGUCGACCGGCGCGAACACUCCCCCGCCGCUUCGGCCCACGACCUCCGUCACGCCGCAAACUCCACCGGCAACGGAGACAGCGAGGAGGAUGAGGACGACUACACAUCCUCGUCAGGAUCUAGCGAUAGUGACAGCGACGAUGAAGAUGAAGAAACCAUCGCCCACGAAAAGCCCGAAACCAAACCCCCCACCGAUGACAUGCCGCGCAUUCCCUCGAUACCCAAACCGCGCAUCCACCGCAUCGAGAAAAACCCCGACCUGCUCUCCCGCCUAUCGGCCUUCCUGCCUCAGAUGAAAACCGCCAAUGAGCAUCUCGAACAGGAGAUUGCCGCCGGUCGGGCGAAGGAUGUGCGAUUGGAUGACAUGGACGAUGACGAGGAGGGACACUACAUCGAGAUGAAUCUGGGACUAGGUGUUCUCGAAGAAAAGCAACCGGACGAGGAGAGCAACAAUGCCGCCGAGGACGAGUCCGAAGGCAAGCGGAAUGAACAUGUCCUGCCGGAGAGACCCAAGGCUGCAAAGGACUCCAAUGUCCUGGAUACCCUCAUGGGAAAUGCCGAGUCCUCAUCGGAGAAACCGACCAUCGAGGAGAUAUAG